AUGUUUUGUGUGGGGGUAUUAUUUUUGUUGUUGGUGGUGUGGGUUUUGUUGGUGGGGGGGUUGGGUUUGGGUUGGGGGGGGGGGGGGGGGGGGGGGGGGGGUUGGGGGGGGGGGGGGGGGGGGGGGGGGGGGGGGGGGGGGGGGGGGGGGGGGGGGGGGGGGGGGGGGGGGGGGGGGGGGGGGGGGGGGGGGGGGGGGGGGGGGGGGGGGGGGGGGGGGGGGGGGGGGGGGGGGGGGGGGGGGGGGGGGGGGGGGGGGGGGGGGGGGGGGGGGGGGGGGGGGGGGGGGGGGGGGGGGUGGGGGGGGGGGGGGGGGGGGGGGGGGGUGGGGGGGGUGGGGGGGGGGGGGGGGGGGGGGGGGGGGGGGGGAGGGGGGGGGGGGGGGGGGGGUGUUUUUCAGUAA